AUGGCUGAUGAAAUUGCAUCAGCAAUGGAGCAGGAAAUGGUGGAAGAACAGGCUAUAAAGUGCCCAAGGCCUUCAGCAAAGAGGCAAAGGAAAGGAUCUCCUGACGCCCGAGAAGAAACAGAUAAAGAACGUGUAGACGAUAGUCUUCUGCAAGAUGCACGUAGAAUCAAAGAAAACAUCAGGGUCUACAUGAACGCAACAGACAGGAACGUGAGUGCGAAGGUACAAAAGCACGUUAAUGGGAAAAUUCAGCAGUUAAUAGAUAUAAUGGAGACAAUAUAUGAUAAGAACUAUGAAAAAACGUUUUUAGUACAACGUGUGGUAAAGGACACAUUAGCUUCCUCUGAAAUGUAUGAUAUCAUAGUAAAUGCAUUAGUGGAAAAAGCAGUACCUAUGGUAAUCGAGGGAAUCAAGACGGAAAGUAAAACCAUACAAAGACCACUGUCAGAACCUCAGACAUCUCGGGAGUUUCCAUGUGUUAAAGAACAACCGCUAUUAGCCGAUGCCCUUAUUGAGACCACGGAGAAUGAAAGUUUCCAGGAAAAAUCGUUAUCCUAUGAUAUAGCACAAGCUUCACUGCUAUUGAUGUCGAUUCAUCAGCUUUUAUCUUCUAACGGCAGACAUAUCCUGUCUUAA